CACUUGUGGAUACGGCCCUGAGUGCCGGCAGGUCUGUUAGCCGGCGCGGAACGUAGCGGCGCUGCAUUUCAGGAUCCGUCGUCGUUGUCGUACUUAGUUGCGUGAAUUCAUCGCGUUCUAACGAUCGAGGGAGAGAAAUCAAGCGAAGCGUAGCCGUAACCGUGUCCUCUCGACCGUGCGUUAGUGUCGUGCUCCUGAGGCACGACACAUUACGGUGUUGUUUCGCGCACGCGUGUAUUUAUUCCGUUCUAUAAUCAUUGACAAUGACCGCCUUCGAGGAGGACUACUACGACGGUUCGCGGAUUUUUUCCUGGCUCGCGGAUUCCAUCGACCUGCCGAUCGACCAGGUGAAUUUCCUAUUGGCACAGUUCACGGCACUGGCGAUGGCUGGAUUUUUAAGGACGUUCCUUAAACCAUCCGUCGUGUCAGCAACCACCAGACACGUAUUUGGCCUCGUCAUGGGUGUCGCGCUUGGAUAUUUCUGCUUUGGCAAGCAGACGAUACACCUUGCGCUCCUUCCUGGUUUAUGUUACAUAGUAAUGCGCACACAGAAUCCUCGCAAUCUGCAGAGGGGUGUACUGACGACCGCGAUGGUCUACUUAUCGUGCGUGCAUUAUCAUCGACAGAUAUACAGUUAUGGCUCGUACACUCUUGAUAUCACCGGGCCGCUGAUGGUGAUAACGCAAAAAGUGACGAGCCUCGCGUACAGCAUACACGAUGGGCUGACACGACGCGAAGAGGAACUCACACCAUCGCAGCUCAAACAAGCCGUGAAAAAGAUGCCCAGCACUUUGGAGUACUUUAGCUACGUCUUCCAUUUUCAAGCUCUGAUGGCCGGGCCGGUGAUACUGUAUCGCGAUUACAUUGAUUUCAUUCAAGGGCAUCAUUUAAGUGGACGGAAACCUCUGACGGGUUGUGACAAAAAUUCUAGUCAUUACGAUGAAAUAAUCCUGGAACCAUCCCCGAUACCAGUCGUGGUAAAAAAGACUAUAACCAGUUUAUUUUUCGCCGCUUUGCUCGUGACUUUGAUGCCAAGAUACCCGAUUCAAAGAGUGAAAGACGAAGACUUCUUAGCGAAUACGACGAUACUCCAGAAAUUCGGGUACUUGAUGAUUGCCACUACGUUGGUCCGUUGCAAGUAUUAUCACGCCUGGAUUUUUGUCGAUGCUAUAUGCAAUAAUUCUGGCCUCGGUUUCAACGGAUAUAAGGAAAACGGUGAACCCAACUGGGACCUGUAUUCUAAUGUCGAUGUUAUCAGUUUCGAGACGUCUCAGAAUUUGAAAGAGAGCAUCGAAAGUUGGAACAAAGGAACCAAUCAGUGGCUCAGAUCUAUCAUGUACGAUAGAACCAAAUCCAACAAGCUCAUGUAUACUUAUGCUCUUUCCGCAUUGUGGCACGGUUUUUAUCCAGGUUACUAUUUGACAUUCGCCAACGGAGCCUUCUUCACUGUGGUGUCACGUAUCAAUCGUCGUAAGAUUCGACCGUACUUCUUAGGGUCCAAAAGCAAAAAGUUCCUUUACGAUGUGAUUUCCUUCGUUGCAACGCGAUUCUUGAUGGCCUACAUUUCCUUCAGCUUUGUACUCUUGGAAUUUGUUCCAAGUAUCCAGAUGUACCUGUAUUUAAAAAUGAUCCCACACUUAGUGGGUCUAGCUAUAUUAGUCAUCGGACCUUUUCUUCCGAAGAUUCCGGCGCCCGGAAAAGUAGCCGAGAAAGAGAUUAACGCUUCUCAGGAAUUAAUCAACGGGACUGCGCGCAAAACCAUGUAAACUUUAUUUCGACGCGGUCGUACGGUCGCGAGAGAAAAAUAUUUUUUAUGAAUGUUUUACUAUAUAUAAAUAUAUAUGUAUAAAUAUUAUGUAUAUAUUAUAUAUACACUCGCGCAUAUAUACGUACGAUAUGUAUUGUUAUGACGUGUUACCGGUUACAGAUGUCGAGCGUGUUAAAAAAAAAGUAUAGUUGUUUUAUAUAAUAUGAGUGAGUAUAUCGUAUAUAUAUAUAUGAGUGUUCGUGUAUAUGUUAAGAAAGAAGACCGUUUGCCGAUUGACGUUUGACGGCGAACAGACGACACCGGACAACGUUGCAGAUUUUAUUGUUCGCGCGAAUACAUGGUGAUUAUCUUUAA